AUGGGGGCAACAACAUUCACAUUAUUCGGCCUCGUGGCCUUGGCCUCAAUAGUAAUGGCCCAACAGUUCCCAAAUUUUCCAGGUAAUGGAAAUGGAAAUGGGAAUGGCGAUGGAAACGGUUUUGGAAAUGGCUUCGGAGGGAACUUCGGCAACUUUGUGGGCUUCAACAUCCAGGAGGCGAUGCAGAUUCGGAGAACACACGGCGUGUUGGGAACCAUUGCCUUCGUCAUCAUCUUCCCCGUCGGCUCGAUUGCGAUGAGGCUCGUCCCGGGACGCUUCGGUUGGAUCGUGCAUGCCCUCAUCCAGAUGGCCGGAUUCGUUCUCUACAUCGCUGCCGCCGCGCUGGGUAUUCAACUCACUCAGAUGGUCAGGCUAGGCGGAACAAGUCUGUUCGAGAUCAACACUAUCAAUUUCCACCCCAUCAUUGGCCUUGUACUUUUGGCUAUCUUCUUCUUCCAGCCCAUCUUCGGAUAUAUCCACCAUGUCCAGUUCAAGAAGUACGGUCGCCGCCAGUUCUGGUCUCACCUGCACCUUGUUAUCGGUCGCGUCUUGAUCCCCCUUGGCAUCAUUAACGGAGGUCUCGGUCUGUACAUUUCCAACUCACCGAGAGAGUUCAAGAUCGCCUAUGCUGUCCUAGCGGCCGUUCUUGGCGUGUCGUGGAUUUUGAUUGCUGCCGUCAGCGAAUUCCGUCGCAGUCGCCAGCCGCGCACGGUCGUCGUGGAGGAUGACAAGAGAGCGGCAGCUCCCCAAAUCCCGCUGGGGCCCAUGCCGCCGCAGAUCGACACGAGCCGUGGUUCAUCGGUCUCGGAUCCUUACCGCAAGGUUUAG